UAGAAAUCCGAGUGGCCUGAUACGCAAAGUAGGCGGGGCCACAAAACAGUUUGUACCAGCCGUUCAUUGAGUACAACACUUACGGCAAAGUGGUAGUCACGUUGUUGGUGCUGUUACAGAACUGAAGUAUAAUUUGUGGAAAGAAACUUUCCACAAAUAGAUUCCCAUGGUACUCUUGAGGUGAAGCUGACACAAGGGACGUUUAUGUAUUCCACACUGAAGUACGCAAGACCCACCAUAAGAAGACUUAAAAUAACAAAAGCUCAUAUUGUUUUUAAAAGAAUGGCUGCCGAAAAGAAGUUGCCCAUAGUAACAAUUUUUAGUGAAUAUCCGAGCAUCUGUGAUGAAAUUAAAAAUGUAGAUGCUACGAUACCACUUCAGUUUGUUGCAGUUACCAAUAAACAAGGCUUAGCAUUUUCCGUAUUUGAUAGACAAGAUCCUGAAAUUUCAGAGACUGCUAUGAAUCGGUUGAAGGAAGCUGAAAUUUUGGUAUCAGAUCCAAAUCUGUUGUCACAUAUUUAUCAACAGCUGCCACACACAAAAUGGGUUCAGUCUACAUGGGCAGGACAAGAUGAGUUUUUUAAACACCUUGAUUAUUCAAAGCCUUUGCCAGAAUUCUCUCUUUGUAAACUUGGACAAGAAUUAGCAGUACCCCUCGGUGAAUAUGUCAUCGGCAGGCUGAUAGCGCAUGAACGGAGGUUUUAUAAGUGCUAUGAAGCACAAAAAGCCAAAAUAUGGGGUUCAAAAAUAGUACCAUACCGUCUGUUAUCAGAACUUACUAUUGGAAUACUUGGAGUUGGUGACAUCGGAUCUCAAAUUGCUGAAUACUGUAAAACUUUUGGCAUGAAGGUCUGGGGUAUGGUGAGAAGAGAAUUACCGAUUGAGAAAAGAUCAUGCUGUGUAGACCGCUAUUGUUUGACCUCUGAAUUGCCUGUACUUUUAUCCAAUUGUGACGUUGUGUGCAAUGUUCUACCAAGUACUCCUAAAACUAUUGGGUUUUUAUCUGGUGAUGUCUUAGCGGAUGCUAAAGAAAAGAAACCAAUUUUUAUUAACGUUGGAAGAGGAGAUGUUAUGGAUGAAGCAAGUAUCAUUAAAGCCAUAAGAGAAAAUUGGAUCUCUCAUGCAAUAUUGGAUGUUCAGCCUAUAGAGCCAAUUCCUCAAGAGAGUCCUUUAUGGAGCAUGAAAGAGAUAACAAUAUCACCACAUGAAGCAGGUUUAACUUUUGGGAAAAAUGUUGCUGCAGCACUUACUGAGAAUUACUGGAGGUACGUUCGAGGAGAACCACUCAAGUAUGUGGUGGAUAUGAAAGCUGGAUAUUAGUGAUUUGUCUCCAACAAGGCAUACAAGAUAUUGACACAGAACAAUAAACAUAAGGAAUCAAUUGUACAAAACAAGAGACAGGGUACAUAGUCUAGGUUUUUUUUUUCUUGAACUUUUCACAAGGUUGCUACAUUUUGGAAAUGUGUGGAAUUGGUUAUAAUGCUAGUUUUAAUGGGUUUUUUUUACAAUAAUCUUAUACUAUUUGAAGUUUUGCAAAUUUUAAUUUAUGAUUAAAUGGGUGUUCGAUAACUAA